AUGAAAAAAUAAAGAGUAUAACAAUAAUCAAGAUUUCCUAUAACACAAAGACCUUUAUAAUCAUUUGAUUUAGAAACUGAAGAAUAAAUAGAAUAGAAAUUCAGUGAAUUUUUGAAUGAAGCUUAAAAUGAAACAAUAAAAUUAGUAACAGUUGAGAAAGGUAAAUAAAGAAGAUUGGCAUUUAAUCAAUUCAAAAAGAAAACUAUAAAGGAUAGUCAAAUGAUUGAAUAAUCUUCAUAUGAUGGAGAAAAUCAAUCUAGAGCAGAUGAGAUUAUUGAAUUAGAUUUAAAACCAGAAAAGAAAAUUAGUUAAAAAAAUGAAGAAUUUUACAAAUUUUUUGUUGAUCGAUAUUUUCAUAAAUAAGAAGUAAAAUAAUCAGUAUCUACAUAAACUUUAACAAAUGAUGUAAACUUUUUAGUCAAUAGAUAUGGAGAUGUAUACUUAAUAAUGUAAUUUAGUUUUUAUAAAAUUCACUUAUGUCUAGUUUAAUUAUUGAUACUUUAAAACACAAAUUUUAGAAUCAAAUACCUAUGUAUGAUCAUUUUGGAACAGCAUAAAAGAUUUUAUAAUCAUUUAAUGUGUCAGCUGUUACUUUAUGUAAUAUGAAGACAGCUGAAGAACGAUAAACUUAUUUAAUUAAUAGUUUUUAAUAGAAAUGUGAUUCAUUGAUGAAUGAAUGGAUUCUCAAAAUAGCAAAGAAGGAUAAAUAAUUAUAAUUGAUAGAUAAGUAAUUUACACUUACAAGAAUGAAAAAUCGUAAAUAAUAAAAUGAUUUAUUUAAAUGGUUAACAUUAAAAAGUAAGUAUUAGGUACUUCAAAAAAAACUAAGAGAAAUGCUUAUGGAAAAAAUAAAUGAAUAUGAAAAUCAAAUUAAAAUUGCUGAAGCCAUUAGUUAAAAUAAAAAAGUUAACUUAAAAGGUAUAGAAACUAUUUAAACUUCAUAAAUUCUUAAAAAUAAUAAUUUCUAAUAACAAAACAAUCAAGAUUUAUUAUAAUGGAAUCCAAUAUUGGAAGCCAAAUUUUAAAAAGAAAGAUUAAAAGCUUAGUAUACAUAUAAUUCAGCAAUUAAUUCAAGCAAUUUCAAUCAAGUAGCCUUUAUGUAAAUUUUUGAUUAAGUAAAAAUUGAUGAUCCUGUAUAUUUAUAAAGAGAAGUUAAAAUGUAAAAAUAUAUGAAUGGAGAUUGGUUAACACCAUAGGAAAUGAAAUUUCUUGCAAAUACAUCAGAAUUACUGAAUAAAUGUGUUGAUUAAAAAUAAGUCAAAAAAGUAGUUAUGCAUAUCAAAGAAAAAUAAAUCUAUGAUUUAGAAAAUUACUUAGCUUAAUAAAUUAUUUAAAAUCAUUAGUCACUUAAUUGUUAAAUUUAAUAAGCUAGAUCAUAUUGGUUAAAAGAAUAAAUAACUAAAAAAAAAGCAUAAAUUAAAUAACAUGAUAAAUAACUCUAAGAAUCAAUGAAACAUAACAAAAUACUAAAGGAACAUGAUAAAAAAGUCAAAAAACUUUAAAGAAUUUGCAAAAAAUUAGAAUAGAAUAUCUCUAUAAAAGAUUAAGUCUAUAGAAACUUCUUUGCUUUAAUAUUUGUUAGAAAAAUAAUAUAGAAAGUUGAAUAUCUACGAUUUAUUAAAAUGGAAAAAAGCAAUAUAUUUGUAAAGGAAACACUAGCAGAAUAAGAAAAAUUAAGAGUGCAUAAAGAAAGAUUAAAAACACUAUCAUUACCAUAUAAUCAUGAAGAAGAUAAACGGAGGAAAUAUCAUCCAUCUUCUAAAGUAGGAUUUGUUCCUACUCAUGGGAUGACCGCUGAUGAUUGGGAUAGUUUAGAAGGUUAAAAAUUAGCUGAAAGAAUUAAGAUAUAAAAAUAAAAAGAAAAUGAAUAUAGAUUAGGAGUAUUAUCUAUAGAUAAGAAUACAAAAGAAAACUUUAAAAAAUUUUAUUCAUCAGGACCUAAUAAAGCAUUAAGAUAAGAUCCAAUUUUUGAUCUAUAAAAUCCAAAUGAACCUCCUAAAUUGACAGAUAAAGAAUUAAAUUCAAUUAUAAUGAUUUAAAGAGCUAUCCGAAAAAGAAUUGCUUAUAAAAAAUUAAAAAACUAUAAAGAAUUAUUUUUUCAAAAAAAACUUCGAAUUUAUUAAGAAAAGUUAUCAAGACUUAAUUCAGAAAAGGAAUUCCAAUCAAAUAUUAAAGAAAUAACAAUAUAAUUAAUUAAUAAACCUUAAAUCAGAAUCAAAACUUCAAUUAAUAGAGCUUAAUCAGAAAUAUCUUUAACUAAAUCUAUGAGAACUAAAUUAAAAACUGAAGAGACUGCUGAACCAUCUUCAAUUGGAUUUGGUAGAUAAGGUAGAUUAGUAACAACUUAAAAUUUAUCUAAAGUCAAAGUUCUUCUUGUUAAACAUGAAAGACUUCUUAGAUAUACAAAAUUGAAUUAACCAAAUCAUAUCAUAAAAUCAGGAUUCUAUUAUACAUAAGAUGAUAUAGAUGUUAUGGAUUAAGAUGGAAAUACAGCUUUGUAUUAUGCAUCUAUGCAUGGAAAUAAUAUUUUAAUAGAUUUUAUGUUAAAACAUGGAGCUAAUCCUAAUGUAUUAUGCAGUGAUGGAACUCCUAUGCAUAUGGCUGUCAAAUCAAAUAAAAUAGAUGUAAUAUAUUUUGAUUUAUAUCUCUUAGGUAAUAUACUUGUUAUUAAAUAAUGGUGGAAGCUUAAAUAUUGUAAAUCAACAUAAUUUCACUCCUCUAGUAUAUGCAACUGACAAAAUAUUAAAAUAAUUAGGUAUGAAAUAAAAAGGCAUUGUUUCUGUUUCCAAAAAAUUUACAGAAGUUAAAAAUGAUGAAAUACUUGAAUCUAAAGACAUGGCUUCUUAAUGUGAUUGA